AUGAACACCAACAUUAACACGACGAGCCGAAAUGGGUUCUAUGAAUCCGGCAUAAAUUCGCCAAUCGAUCAAUAUACUGUUAACAGCCACAUUAUGGUAAGAAGUCGAGAUGACCCAGCAUCUCAUAUCGAUGGUGCUCAAAGAAGGCUACCAAUCCGAAACUCCCUUGACACUACCUUUAAAAAUGAUGGCCUAUCAAAAUAUAGAUCUAUGUCAUUUGAAAUUGAUAAGAUGCAAAAUUCUCGAAUCAAAGAGCAUCAAGUCGAAGGGCACCACACCCAUGAAACUGCUCUCCAUGGAUUUAACGACAUAUACCCCAAUGAAGAGGGGGGACGUCUUGAGAACCUAGAUGUUCAAGACUGGGUGGUCAACCGCCAACACCAGCAUGCAGAUGACCAAAACCAAGGCUUCAAAAAUGGAAGUGAUCGUCUAAGUGUGCAAGGUAUGCCAGCUUUCGAGCUUACAGAGAAUGAUGACUGCGAGUAUGAGAUUGUAAGUCCAGAAGAGACGAAGCGUCUCUGGGGUAUCAUUCCUGAAACAGGAGGUGGUAAUGAUGUGUCAUCACAAGUUCAAACAACUUUGCCCCUCAGUAAUGAAGGGCAACAACUUAUCUUGGGUGAUAAUAAUAGCUCAUAUCACCAUAAAAGCAAUAACGACCUUGGAAAAAGCUUUUAUGACACCUGGGAUAGAAACGUUAUCAGUGAUCGGAUGGCAGGUUUAUCAGGAAGCAAUCAAGAGAAAGUUAUCGGAAAUGGGCUAUUAGCUACAGAAACCCAAACUGGACUUGAGCAAUUGUGCAGUCAAUAUGGAAUGCCCGAUCUGACUGAUCAAAUUCCAGAGUCCAUCGAGCCUUCACAGUUUCCCCAAAUUCACACUCAAAUCCCAAGUUAUCCACACUCAGACGAGAAUUACAGCUACAUUCCUCGAAAGCGCACCCGAACCCAUGGCGCAAAUACUGGGACGAUACAAGCCGGUGGUAUGGAUGUUGCUGAGGACCUAUCGGAUCCGGAUGGCAGAUUUGAAAUGAAUGAGAUCGAUCAGGGUUCUCACACCACCACCAAGAGAAAAAAACUCGCCAAAACCAAGAACAUUUCUCAGCCACGAGUCGAGCAACCUUCGUAUUGUAUGUCCAGAGUAAAUGUGUCAUUGGAAGAGAUGAAGGCCAUAGAUCCUGACUAUGAUAAACAUCCCCAUAAAGCAUUUUUCCCCGAAAGAAUGAAAUUCGCGCAGCAGGCUGGGCUGAAAUCAAUCUUGUUGCCCACAAGAAUGAUUAAUUUACUUAAUGCACAUCGUCAGAAAGCCAGAGAGGAAGAGAGGAAGAACUCUACUGGUCGAAAAAUUCCUCGAGACUUCAAGCUUCGACCCGUCAGACACAAGGAUUUUGCAGCCUUUCAAGAGGCACGAAGAAAGGAAGAGGAAACCAGGUCCUAUGAAAAUAGGCAGAGAAGAUUUGCGAAGUCUGAAUAUUAA